AGCCGUUGCUGCUGCUGCAGUUGCAGCCACCACUGGCUCAGGCGGGGGCAGAGCGCGCGCUAGGCGAACGUUCCCCGGAUCCAGGGGAGGCGGGGAAGGGAGCCAGGGCGCGCGCGCAAAGGGCGCGAGGAGUCGCUGCUGGAACGGCGGCUGCUGUCCUCCCGCCCGCUGAGGGCUCAGCGCGACCUGAGGGCUCUGCACCGGUCGGUCACCGUGCCGCAGGCGCCGCCGCCGCCCUUCUCCCCUCUUCAUCCCGCCUCCGCUUCUGCCGCUGCCCCCGCCCCGGCGGCGUCGCAGCAGUUGUCGGGUCUCGGGUUGCGGAGCUUCCUCUUUCUUUCCCCUGUUGCGUCCCGCGGCGGGCUCCGUCCGGGGUUCGAGGAAGAUGCGGCUUUACCGGUGGCUGCUGAAGCAGCCCGUCCCAAAGCAGAUCGAGCAAUACUCCCGCUUCUCCCCAUCGCCGCUCUCUAUUAAACAGUUCUUGGACUUUGGUGAGUGAGUGCCGGUCGUGGUGGGGUGGCAGGGCCCCGGGUCUUAGUCCUGGCAGCCCCAGAACAUGUCCCUCCGGGCGAGGCUUCACGGCCUGAGCUUGGGCUUGGGAUGGCGUAUUUUGUUUUCUCUGCUGAUGGUGCGCGUGUGUGCGCGCGGUGAGGGGAAUUGUGCUUCUUCCUGCGGUCUCCCCCACCCCCAUCUUCCCGAUACACCAGCUCGCAGCCGGUAGCAUCCUUCCCUCUCUUUCCUUUGCUUGCUACCCGGCUCACCUGAGGCCUUCCCUUCCAAAUAAUACCGCGGAAAACCAGAUCUCUCCAGGACCCUCCUUGGAAGCUUCUCCUAUGAUCCCAGGCUAUUACGGCCAUGGGCACCUGGAGAAACAGGGUAGCCACAGGACGUGACAAUGCAUGUGAGAAGACAUCAUAUAUGUUCUUACGAAAAGAGCUUCCAGUGCGACUGGCUAACACGAUGAGAGAAGUCAAUCUAUUGCCUGAUAACUUGCUGAGCCGUCCAUCGGUAGGGCUGGUGCAGAGUUGGUACAUGCAAAGCUUUCUUGAAUUUUUAGAGUAUGAAAAUAAGAGUCCUGAAGACCAACAAGUGUUGGAUGACUUUUUACAAGACCUCAUUAAAGUCAGAAAUAGACACAAUGAUGUGGUUCCUACCAUGGCACAAGGGGUGAUUGAAUACAAGGAGAAGUAUGGUUUUGAUCCUUUCAUUAGCAGUAACAUCCAGUAUUUUCUGGAUCGGUUUUAUACCAACCGCAUCUCUUUUCGCAUGCUUAUUAACCAGCACACACUCCUUUUUGGUGAUGACACUAAUCCUAGUCAUCCUAAACACAUUGGAAGUAUUGAUCCCAACUGUAACGUGGCUGAAGUAGUGAAAGAUGCAUAUGAAACAGCUAAGAUGCUUUGUGAACAAUAUUAUAUGGUAGCCCCAGAAUUGGAAGUUGAAGAAUUCAAUGCGAAAGCUCCAGACAAACCAAUUCAGGUAGUUUAUGUGCCCUCACAUCUGUUUCACAUGCUGUUUGAGUUGUUUAAGAACUCAAUGAGAGCAACAGUAGAACUUUAUGAAAACAGAAAAGAAGGUUACCCAUCUAUUAAAACUCUAGUAACAUUGGGCAAAGAAGAUUUAUCCAUUAAGAUAAGUGACCAUGGUGGUGGUGUUCCACUGCGAAAAAUAGAUCGUCUAUUUAACUAUAUGUAUUCAACUGCUCCCAGACCUAGCCUGGAACCAUCAAGAGCAGCACCUUUGGCUGGAUUUGGCUAUGGGUUGCCCAUUUCCCGCCUUUAUGCUAGAUACUUUCAAGGUGACCUAAAACUCUAUUCAAUGGAAGGAGUGGGCACUGAUGCUGUAAUUUAUUUGAAGGCUCUUUCAAGUGAAUCAUUUGAAAGGCUUCCAGUGUUUAAUAAGUCAGCAUGGAGGCAUUACAAGACUACCCCUGAAGCUGAUGACUGGAGCAAUCCUAGCAGUGAACCCAAGGAUGCUUCAAAAUACAGGGCCAAACUUGACAAGAUCAAGACAAAUAGAACUUUCUAAAGAAAUGACUGCAUAUUUGUCCUAGUUCUGUGAAGAAAGAUUGUGUCUUCUGCAAGCUGGCCAAAGAGCGCUCCUUAUCAGCACGUCUUGGGCGGGUGACACUCUAGCUGUUCCAGGGUUUAAACAUGUAUUUUCCCUGAACCAGCAGGAGCUUUUCCAUGGACCCUGUCCUGUAGCUACUCCAGCUCUUCCACUAAAACAAUAACCCGAGUGCUUUUUACGACACCUUGGUGUGGUUAGCUGUUGUGGGGAUGAGAAAGUCAAUGAGAGCCUGGCACAAGGGAGCCUGAUUGAUGCUUCGCUCCCCUGUCUUUCUGCCCUCCGCUCUCAUUACUAUAGAGACCCCUGGCUACACUCCCACCUGCGGGAGCUUCCGCUUCUGCCCAAAUCCCACAGUGCUGUGGUGUUUUGUGUUUGCAGCUCGAUUCCAGGCUCUUCUCAAACCUCUGACUUGUUCCCAAAGGUUCUGAGGAUCAAAGUCAUCUGCUGAGGCCUCAUCAGUGGGGAAUUCCUGUCCCAAAGCUCUGACCAUCCCUCUCUCCCUCCACAGCCACCUGCCCCCCAAGUGGCUCAGACUCCUCCCUCCCUCCCUCCCUCUGUUCUCCAUCACCUGGUCAGGUUCUGGGACUUUCAUGUUAGAAAGAAAUCUCACUCAUACAUGCAGUUGGUUUUCUAUUUAAUUUGUACACUGCCAUUCUGUUGAUUAAAAGUAUUCCAAAAAUUG